AAAAAGGAGAGAGGAAGAAAGAAAAAAAGAAGAAAAGGAGAGAGGAAGAACGAAGAAGGAGAAAAGGAGAGGAACAAUGAGCUUCAAGCUCCCUCAACAAUUCUCGAAGUUUCAAGCCCCAACCUCCUGCCAAGGGUAAGCUCCAAAUCCAUAUCAAGGAGAAAAAGUUUCAAAUGCAAGUCUUAAAUCCUUUGAAGAACAAGAGCAAGCUUAAGCCCUUGCCUUUCAGCCCCAACCUCCUGCCAAGGGUAAUCUCCAAAUCCAUGUCAAGGAGGAAAAGUUUUAAGUGCAAGUCUUAAAUCCCUUGAAAGACAAGAACAAGUUUAAGCCCUUGCCCUUCUAAAAUUCAACUAUUAAUCAGAGGAUCCUGCUGUUCUAAGACGUGUUACUCUUCAAAGCCUAAAUUUUGUGACUACACAUCUUUGGCGACUCCACUGGGGAAAUCUCUGCCUCUCAUCUUUCAGUUGAAGAAAAAUUCCACCAUAUCUUUCUAGGCAUGGCGGACUCAAAGCAAGCUGUAACUCCUCUUGCAACUCAAAAAGUUCAAAUCUUUUCCAAUCAAUCCUCCUUGUUGACUCGUGCCAAAGUGCGCACGAUGAGACCCAAGUUGGUCUCCCCCUUGAGGCAAUUCAUUAGAAGACGUCGUAAGGAGGCUGCAAUGAAAAAACGAGCAUUAGCCAUCCAGUCACCUUUCCAGCCUGUGAAGGAUGUCGAGUACUUCUCUUCAGAAUCUAGUGAAGGUGAAGAACUCAAUCUCAAGCCCAGUCAUGUGUCUACUUCGAAGCUAAGGUGGGCUAACUAUCCUUCAUCAUCGUCUGAGUCCCUCUUACCUGCCUUGGUUACUGAAGUGACAUCUGGUGACCCGGAUGCUCUCCUCAAGGCUGUGGAAGGCUUAAGGAAAGCUGUGGCUAAAAAGGAUGCCCAAAUCAAGGAACUCCAAGAACUCUUAACGGCUCAACACUUAUCAAAACAGAAUAACCAAGCAGCAUCAAGCUCAGUCGCUGAAAAAACCCUCAAAAACAAGGAAGACUCAUUAAGAACUUCAAAUCGGGGUAAGCAAGUCACUAUGGAGGAAAACUUGGAGCAACAAAAGCAAGAGCAACUAGAUCGAACAAUUCUCCAAGGAGGAACCUCACAAUCCUCACUUGUGUAUGCCAAGCCCUAUACUCGUAGGAUUGAUAAUCUAAGCCUACCAGACGGCUACCAGCCACCAAAAUUCCAAAAGUUCAAUGGGAAGGGCAACCCAAGGCAACACGUUGCCCAUUUUGUCGAAACAUGCAACAAUGCUAGCACCUAUGGGGAUCUCAUGGUGAAACAGUUUGUCCGAUCCUUGGAGGACGCAGCCUUUGAAUGGUACAUUGACCUUCCUGCUAGAUCAGUGGAUAGUUGGAACCAGUUAGAGCGAGAAUUCUUGACACGUUUUUACAGUACCAAGGGUACUGUUAGCCUGCCUGAGCUUGCUAACACCAAGCAAAAGAAAGAUGAGUCUGUGACAGGCUUCAUUGAAAGAUGGAGGAAUCUCAUCCUAAAUUGUCGAGAAAAGAUUAGUGAGAUCUCUUCUAUUGAUAUGUGUGUGCAAGGUAUGCAUUGGGGACUGUUGUAUAACCUUCAAGCUAACAUGCCACAUACCUUUGAAGAAUUGGCCACUCAUGCCCAUGACCUGGAAAUUCAAAUUGCUAGGCAUGACUCUAAAGUGCCAGUUAUCUUUGAGCAAUUGUUGGCGCUAAACCUAAUUGAACUUCCAACUCCUAAGCGCCCAGAGGAAGUUGGGAGAGUAAAUGAUCCAAAAUACUAUAAGUAUCAUCGAAUUGUGAGUCAUCCAAUCGGUAAGUGUCUUGUGUUGAAAGAUCUAAUAGUUCGUCUUGAGAAAGAAGGCAAAAUACAACUAGAAAGUGAAGAAGGUUCCGCUACCACCAAUGUUGCCAUGGUAUCCUUUGGAUCAUUCAGUCCAAUUCCACUCCUACCUGUGCAACCAACCCCACUAAUGGUUCAGCCUAAGGAGUUUGGUCCCCACCUGCCCAAGGGGGCAAUUCAAGCUAAAUUUCAAACAGAUGAUGAAGAAAAGAUAGCCUAUGCUUAUCCUGACAUGCUUACUUCUGGAGGUCCAGGCUCUCUUUCUUUAUAUCACCUUAUGACGGUGAAUCUUGAAAAUUGGGAAUCAUCAUCUAAGUCUGAAGAUGAGGUUGGCGAUGGUUGGUCAACCUUCAUUAGUAAGAGCAAAAAACACCGUAAUCCAGUAUCUAGUGGAAUGCCACUCCCAGAUCCUCAUAAAAUCAUGUAUGAUAUCUAUCCAGAGAUAAAGCCGAUUGGAUGGUGUUCAAACUCUAAGUUUCCUGCCUUUUACAAUGAUGAUGAUGGGUGGAUUCCAAUUCAAUCACAAAGGAGGAGGCGUCAUUCAAGACCCACACUACCAUCCAUCCAAAAAAAUCAUUCAUUUCUUUCAGCUUUGCCAACUACACCAAAAAAUCAAGAACAACGUCAACUAAUGAAAAGGAGGUCCGAUUUACAAACAAGACUUCGACAAGUUCCUAAGAAGAGAAAGUCACUAUCUGAGAAAGAUAUGAACUCAAAAGAAAGAGCUGCAGUUACUCUUUAUGAAUACUUUCCAGAGGGAUAUUUUUCUGAUGAGGAAGUAUCUGUUAAUGUCACAAGUUUCAAGACAGAAAACAAACCAUCAUCUAAAGAAGAAGCUGAGGGUUCCAAGAGCCAAUCAAAUGAUCCCGAAGCUGAUGGAAGUAUUAAGAAAUUGAAGCAACUUCCAUCUAAUUUACAGUUAUCCAAAGCCUUGCAGCUUUCAUGGGAUAUACGCCUUGCUCUUGUACAAGCUUUGUUAGACCCAAAAAAGUUCCAAGGUGAGCUAGCCAAGCCAGAAACUAAGGCUGAGUGUUUAGGAACAAUAACCUUCACCUAUUUUUAGGUGACUUGUCCCACCUUAUAAUUUGGACGAGUGGCGACUCCCUUCUUUUUUAUAUUUUCACACUUAAUCCCUUUUAAGUGGUCGUCAACACCAAUCACCUUUCAACAUCGUAACGGCGGAAAUCAUCUCGGAAGUAGGUCUUCGAUUUGGAGCCAUGUCUACAUAAAGUCAUACACAAAAGGCCAAAUUAUUCAUGUUAAGUUCAUGAAUUAAAGACAAAGUGGUGCA